CCGGUGGAUUCGCCCGCGGGGCAAUGCUGCUGCGGACGCUGCGGAGCUGGGCUUCCUGGGCGCUGCGCCGCGACAGGCCCGGGAGCCCCGCCUCCAGCCCGGGGUUGCCAAGGGCGCAGCGUUGGGCCUGGCCUCGGGGUAACGCGUCUCUCAGUUCCCUUUGCUGGCGUCCCGGAGGCGGCCCUCAGCCCCACUCCGCGCCCUCAGCUCGCGGAACCUGCCUGAACCCGAAACCCCUUCUCCGAGGCGCCGGGAUUUCCUCGGUCGGCCUGGGGGGAGGGGCGGGGCGGUCGCUGGCUGGUGUCCCAGACGCCAGCCGGCAGGGAGCGGGUGGGGCCUUGGGGCUCCGGGCCCAACUCUUGUUCGGAGCUGGGGAGCCCGCUAAAGAGCGGAAAUAACCCCCCUCCCCCACGGUUCCUGGGCCCAUUCUGUGGGCCUUGGGGGAGAUGCCGGCGAGCGGUGGACGCGUUAGGCUCGGUGCGCUGUUUCUCCCGCUGGGAGUGGAGACCCUCCCCUUCAGAAGUGAGAGCCCCUGUUGUGGCCAAGUUCUGGCGUUCUUUGGCCUCGGGGUGUUCAGUGGCACCUGAGAACCCCUGUGGGGUGGGUGGGCCGCGAUGUCAGCCCCGGGCCUGCAGGAGAAGCCUGAGUCCUGUGCUGAAACCCAUCGCUGGGUUUCAGUGGCCCACCCGCCAACCACUCUUUCCUCGGAGCUACGAGUGGAGAUAAAGGUAGAGAAAAUGAAAAAGAGAAAAAAUCAGUGAUAUGUGUCGAGGGCAAUAUUGCAAGCGGGAAGACAACGUGCCUGGAGUUCUUCUCCAACACAGCUGACAUCGAGGUGUUAACGGAGCCCGUGCCCAAGUGGAGAAAUGUCCGAGGCCAUAAUCCUCUGGGUCUGAUGUACCAGGACGCCUGUCGAUGGGGCCUCACGCUGCAGACAUAUGUGCAGCUCACCAUGCUGGACCAGCACACUAGUCCUCAGACAUUGCCUGUACGGUUGAUGGAGCGGUCAAUUCACAGCGCAAGAUACGUUUUUGUAGAAAACUUGUAUAGAAGUGGGAAGAUGCCUGAAGUGGACUAUGUGGUCCUGUCGGAAUGGUUUGACUGGAUUGUGAAGAACAUCGACGUGUCCAUUGACUUGAUAGUUUAUCUCCAGACCACUCCUGAGACCUGUUACCAGAGGCUAAAGAUGAGAUGCAGGGAAGAGGAGAAGGUCAUUCCACUGGAAUACCUGGAUGCCAUUCACCACCUGUACGAGGAGUGGCUCAUCAAAGGGAGCCUUUUCCCCGUGGCGGCCCCUGUUCUGGUGAUUGAGGCUGACCACGACAUGGAGAAAAUGUUAGAACUCUUUGAACAAAACCGGCACCGAAUACUAAUUCCAGAGGAUCGGAAGCUUGGUCCAUAGGAUGGGGAAGAUCAUGCCAGAGAAAUGCCCGCUGCUGCCAAGUUAGCUCUCACGAGCAGUUUGGAACAAUCCACUCUCGGGAGGGCUUUCUAUCUGGGCACAUUUGUCUUCCUAAUGGUCUUCUCUCCUUUGCCAGUGUCUUUAUCCUGGGAUUCUGGCCCUCGUGGGUAAAUGACAUGGUGGGACCAAUGGGUUUGUCGUGGCCCUUUGGUGUCGCAGCCUUGCAUUCCCCCGGUGCUUCUCCCGGUGGUUUCCCACCUCUGAAUCCCUCUAAAUUAGGGAAGAGCCACCUGACUGACCCUGGGCUCAUGGUCUCUAGCCCUUCAGACCAUCCUCGAGGGCGAGGUAGUGGUCUUACAUCCCAGGUGAGGAAGUUGAAGCUCAGACUGGCUAAGGGACUCCCCGGGGUCACACAGCGAGUGACAGUGGAGUCAGCACCAUUCAGACUUCUGGUGACUCCUAAACGAUCAAUCUCUUGCCCCAGGCUGCCUCAUCCCAAGAGCCCUGCCUUCCCUGCUGGAGAGCCCCACACGCGUGUGGGAGUGUGUGUGUGUGUGUGUGUGUGUGGGUAGCGGGGGCAGCGGUGCAUGCAGCCAGCAUCAUCAUUUUCUCCUUAUUUGAGCAGCUCCUGAGGACAGUUAGCAUUUCUAGACUUUCACAAAAUUGUGUGGUAUUUGGCUCGAGCCCAUCGUUCAGUGGUUCACUAGCGUGAGGCUGAUGUGGUACUUACCACCUCAUCAUCGGGACUUCCCCGUCCUUAGGAGAAUCGUGGUUUGGCUCCUGAAUGGUGCUCGGUCUCCUUGGUGACGAAGGUCCUGCUUGAGUGGCUGCCGAUUCCCCGGCAGGGCAAUGGCCUAUGGUGCCAGGCUGGUGUGCCCAGUGCUGUUCUGGGCAAGGGGCUGCCAGCCUGGCUUCUGAGGCUCCCUUCCUCCAUAGUGGCCUUGUGUGAGGCUCCCUUC